AUGGCUGCCUCCGAUCGCAUUCCGGCGGUAGAUACCAAUUCUCGACGCAAGCGCCCCAAUCGUCUGGAGGAGGCGAUUACCAAUCCCGGCGCCGUGAAAAUCAACGUCAAGGGCGCAUUUAUCGUCGACGACGAGCCACGCUCCAAGAGUCCCGUUGAUGCGGAGGGCGUACACUAUGAGAAUAAGGACAUUCGACUCCCCCACCAUACAGGCGUUGUGAGCCAUGUAGCUGUCGAUAUCGGUGGAACACUUGCGAAGCUUGUCUAUUUUACUCGGGAGCUGGAUAGCGCGGACAACGGCGGUCGACUCAAUUUCCUUAACUUUGAAACCCAUCGAAUUGAUCUGUGCAUCAAUUUCAUUCGGCAGCUCAAAGAAGAACAUGAAAAGCGCAAUGGCUCUACACGAGAGGGACUAUGUGUCGUGGCGACUGGCGGAGGUGCCUACAAAUACUAUGACAGGCUGAAGGAAGAGCUGAACGUCAAUAUUCUACGGGAAGAGGAGAUGGAAUGUCUGAUCAUUGGUCUCGACUUUUUCAUCACCGAGAUUCCCAACGAAGUCUUCACCUAUAGCGAUGCCGAUGCGGAACCCAUGCAAUAUGCCGAGGCCCGACCUGACGUCUAUCCCUAUCUCCUUGUCAAUAUAGGAUCAGGCGUGUCAAUGAUCAAAGUCUCUGGUCCGCGACAAUUUGAGCGUGUUGGUGGAACGCAUUUGGGAGGUGGAACGUUUUGGGGCAUUAUGUCAUUGUUGACCGGCUCCCGAACCUUUGACGACAUGCUGGCAAUGGCCGAUCGUGGAGAUAAUAGUGCUGUGGAUAUGCUUGUGGGAGAUAUAUACGGCAUGGAUUAUACCAAGAUUGGUUUGAAGAGCACAGCCAUUGCCAGUACUUUCGGCAAGGUACUCCGGUUGCAAAACGACGCGGAGCAAGGCGCCGAGGACGGCGAGGGCUCGACUGGUGGUGACUCGAUUGAAACUAAUUCCAGUCACGAUGGCAAGCCAAACCCGGAAGACAUGAGUCGAAGUCUACUCUACGCCAUCAGUAAUAAUAUCGGCCAGAUCGCAUAUCUCCAGUCAGAAAAACACUCAGUGAAACACAUUUAUUUCGGAGGCUCAUUUAUACGGGGCCACCGGCAAACUAUGAAUACCCUGUCUUACGCUAUUCGCUUCUGGUCCAAAGGCGAGAAGCAAGCGUAUUUCCUGCGCCACGAAGGCUACCUCGGUGCCGUUGGGGCUUUUAUCCAACGACAGCCACAGAACUGGGGUCGCAGAAACAGCGUUGACGAGGUGGUCGCACCGCAGGCGGUCCGAAACCUCGCUCGAAAUAAAAAUGUUCUUCAGCAACACGGUAGGUCAUCGAGUGAUCUAUGA